GGUACAAUUUAUUUGAAGUUUUCUUUCACUCUCAAAUUGGUUUGAGAAACUUUGAAAAUUAAGGGUGAAAAAAAAUCCAAAAAGUGAAGUGAGACAUGGCUUACUACAAUCAAAAUCCUCCGUCAGUAAAUGUUAACGUUUCUGCUCCACCUCCUGCACAAGGAUAUCCUCAACCGGGUUAUCAACCAAGUUAUCAAGGGUAUCCUCCACCCCAACCCCAACCUCAAGUUUUUGUCACUCAAGCUCCACCUCCGGCUCCGGCGGCUCCGGCAGCGGAAGCCGGUUUAAUGGGAUGCCUUGCCGGGUUGUGCUGCUGCUGCUGCUUGGAGGAGACCUGUUUGUUGUGUCUUUGACUUUAAUCACAUGAGGAAUUUACAUGUCCUGCAACAGAUCGAGAUUGCGAAACUUUAUUUGGUUUUGUUAUUCUAUGGUUAUUGACUUAAUAUUAUUAUAUGCAUAAACCAAUAUAUUUUCCUUAAAUAAAAAAACAAUGUAUUGGACUAAUAGCUGCGCAAAAUCAAAAGAUGAGUGCAAAAACAGGUUUUUUUUA